AUAAUCUAUCAAUCACACACAGGUUUUAAAGAAGGACAGAUAAAAUGGGAUGACGAGGAUGAUGACAACGGCAACAGAUAUGGUGGUCAGAUUCCAGAAGGCACUUAUGGUAAAGACACCGUUAUCUACUACUGCUGUCGAGCAGAUGGGUUCGCCACAAAUCCCAUAAUUCUUCCCACUGACUCCCCAUUCGUCUUGCUGAAAUCUAACACUCACUUGUGCCAGUAUGUGCGAGGAAUGAAGGUUAGAAGUGAGUGGUUCCGGUGGGAUUGUGAAGAUACAAGAAAUGCAAAUUCUAAGGAUGGGUUCAUACCACGCUCGAAAGUGGACAGAGAUGUCAUAAUCGAUUAUUGUUAUUAUUAUCGUUGA